AUGUCUGCACCCAACGCCGGCCGUCAGUCCCCCGACCCCGAGAACCAGAGCGGCAAGCAGCAAGCCGAGCCCACCUCUGGCAACCCCAACCAGCAGGGUGCNCGGCCCUCCGAGGGUGCCCAGCAGGCCUCCAAGGACCAGUUGAACAACCUUGAGAGCAACCCCACCGGUCCUCUCGACCAGGCCGCCAAGGACAAGACCUCCAAGACCACCUAA